GGUCGUCUUAACGAGUUCGUAUAAAAAAAAAAACGGCAGAGUGAAAGUGAUAAAGAUAAUCAUGUCGAAGGCAAUAUAUCUUCGCAUAUUGGGCUACACGGUCACAAUAGCGAUGCACGUCGGCAACAUAGUGUACAUGGAAUCAUGUAUGAAACGAGAACUGGCCAGCGAUCCCGAACUGACGACAUUUAGCCAAUUACAGCCACGAUAUUUUACUUGUUGGACAUUCUUUCUUCAAAUUCUGUAUGCAGUGGUCGGCCUGACAAGCGAUUUCAAAUUAUUGUCGAAUACCAACAGGGAUUAUAAGCCGUCUAAAUAUUUCCAAGGCUUUAAGAACACGCUGUUUAGUGCGAUAUUGUGGCCCUCAACUUGGGUUGUGGCCAUUGUAUUUUGGUCAUUAUUCUUAUACGACAGAAACCUGAUAUUCCCUAGUUUCGCGGAUAAAGUUGUCACUCCCACUUCGAACCACAUAAUGCACACCGCUAUAAUCGGCGUUGUGCUCUGGGAAGUGUGCUUCCAGCCCAGGACUGUGCCUGUAUCACACAAGCGAAAUCUUUAUCAUCUUGCCUUUCACUUGCUGUUAUAUUUUUCCAUAUUAACCUACACGUAUGUCGAACGGGGCAUAUGGAUCUAUCCUAUCUUCGGAAUGCUCUACGGAACGAUAUACUUCCCUCUACUGCCCGUGAUAAUAGGAGUACUAGCGGUCGCAUUUUAUUACAUACAAUGGACGCUGACUGAGCUCAUAUGGGGCAGAAAAAAGAAAACCAUGAAAAUGAAAUGAUACAGCACGGGGCAUUUAUAUACAAACUAUAAAAAUAAAUUAUAAUUUGUUGUAAUUUUUUGGUAAAUACGUCGAAUUAUGAAACCAAAAUGAAUGAAAUUAUUUUUCUAAUUUUCUUCAUUACCAAUGCAAUAUUAUGUGUUUGUGUGUGUGUGUUGGUACAGGGGUGAUGUUACAGGAUCUUUCAAAAGCCAUUAAUGCCUAGGUUCUGGUUAUCUAGGUCCAUUUUUUCAAGUCAUAACUCGCGUGUACCACUUUUUUUUUAUAUAACGUUGACAUAAGAUCUUUGUGAUAUUAUUAUUAAUGUCGUAAUGUUUUCUUUAACAUUAUUGGCAAGUUCACUUUAAGUAUCUUGUAAAGAAAACUCAUUUGUUUGUUUGUUCAGUUGAUCACAGCCUGAACGACUUGACAUAAUAAGGACUGGUGCAUAUUACCAAUAUCGCGAUUUUUAAGGCAUCUUCAGCCUCGCAUAACCACUCCUUGGAACCAAAUAUCCUCCAAGUGUUUUGACAUUUCACGAUCUUGUUCUGCUGUGAGUUUCGAAUUCGUUUCUAAAUAAUAAUUACUCGUUUCAUUAUUUCAAAUACUAAACAAGAAUCUUGGAUGCAAAGUAAUUCGAACUGAAAAAAACAUCGACAAGUUGGAUUAUCACCUAACUAUUGAUAUCGAUAAAAUAAGCAGUACAAUGCAUCACUAAAAUUACUUGCCUAUUUAUGUUUUGACAACGUCAAUUUGAUCUAGCUGUUUUAUUUUAAGUUGUAAAGAGGGAUAUUGAGACGCAAAAUUAACUACUAAGUUACCUAUCUUUUCACAAAAUUGCGUGACGGAUUUAAUUGAAAAUUACCUUAAGAAGACACGGGGCACUCGUCGAGAAUGGAACAUAUAUACAGUAAUUGUAACUACAGACAUAAGGUGGUCGUGCAUUGGUUCCAAGGUUGGUGUGAUUGGAAUGGUUAACAUAUCUUACAGCACCAAUGUCUAUGGACAGUGGUGACCACGUACUUGGCCACACAUUUGCCUGUCCUACAUUACAUAUUACAUAAAAAAAAAACUGUUUAUUUGUAGUAAAACAGUUAAGAACAAUAUUUGUUAUGGUAAUAUUGUAUCGUUUACACCAAAAUUAGAGUAAGGAGGUCUUUAUUAAAUUCUUACUAAUGGCGUUUUAACAUAUAAAAAAGAAGGCCGUU